UAACGAGAUUCCUUUCAUCAAAUGCAAACGAAGCCUCACAUAGCAGCGAUGUUCUAACAUUGCAGACACUUUCAUUCCAUUUUAUUCACACUUGAGAGACUUCCAAGACCCUUUAAAAAUUACAUUGUUAUAGCAUUGCUUUUAACACCAUUGUGACAAGUGCGUAGCACACACACACACAUACACCCAAGUCUCGUGUGGCGAAUUGUUUUCAUUUUACUUUGAUUUUUGAGUCAUUGCAAGUGUGUUUGUGACUCGUUCUUUCCAAAAAUUGGCUUCACCGUGGUGAUGGUGCUGUGGUAGUAGUAGCAUGCCAUGAUGAUUUCCACUCUCUUCCCCCCCCCCCUGCUUCACGGUGUGCUUUGUUGUCGUCGUCAUCGCAGUGGCCGAAGUGCUCUGUGUGCCUUUGUUGUGAAGGAAUUUAGAACAGUAAUGACGACACCACCGAACACACACCGUGCAAGACUCGCGAUGUAGAUUUUUACUCUUUUUUUUAUUCUAAAUCUCUCUUUCUUUCCCUCCUGCGUGCGUGUGUUGGUGGUGGUGCUGCCGUGUAUUCUAGGCCUCGAAAUUUCCAUCACAGGCAGGGGCGAUAAAGAAGGUAAACGAAUUAUAAAGGAGAAGAACGAACGAAAUAAAAACAACAACCAAAGGCAAGAAACGCUUCCCAUCGUGUGAGCAAAUAAAUUACUGUGUAAAUACCAAGAGAGCGAGAAAGAGAGAGAGAGAAGGAGAGUGAGCGCUGCGAACGGUGUGUGAGAGGGAGAGAGCAAGUGUGAGUGUGUGUAAAAUCCACCCCGACUGGGUGUCGGGUGCGUGUCGUGUAUGGUGGUGGGGCUGGUGCUGCGUUGUUCCAGGGAAAGGGAAGAUGAAUUUGUAGAGUGAAAAAAAACAACAAAUCAAGAGUGUCUGUGUGUGUGUGUGUAAUUGUAGUGCCCUCCCCCCACGAGCUCACUUUUUCGUGUGCAAUUUGUGUGUACGUGUGUGUUGUAUGUGUGCUUUAAAGCAAUCUGGCUCCAUCGCACAAUUCUGACCUCAAUGGUAAACAGCCCCGGCCCGUGCUAAGAAGGGCUUCUAGGGAGAGCAAAACAAAACCAUAAUUGCACCACCGGUGGUCGUCUGUGUGCUUGUGUGUCGCGUUUUAGUGUGCUUGUGUGUUUUGUUCACCUGAGAUUGCAGCAUCUAGUGCGCUUUUACCCGGUCUCGAACUGCUGCCGAGGUGUUCCUGUUUAACACGGUUUUUCCUUCGCCUACUAAGCUCACCGAGGUUGGCUGGGAAAUAAAUAUUUGUGCACGCAUACUACCAACACACACACACACACAACCAACCCAUCGUCUUUGUUUGAGAAGAAAAGCCCCAAUCCAUCCACCGUACGCGAAGAUGCUGAAAAUGGCAUGAAAAUUGAGAUCGUGAUUGUGGCGAUGCUACCUUGAAAUUUUCCGUCUCCCUCCAACAUCUCUCUAACACGCCCGGCAUUUUUCCCGGGGAUAGUAGAAUCUUACCAUCCCCUCUUCCCUUACCCCUUACCCCCUGUUUGCAGACCGCUGUUCUGCUCCCAAGGCCACUAGACGCGACGCGCCGAACCGAAGGCAAGGCCACCCAUCGAGAAGGGUUCUGCGCACAAGAGAGCACAAGAGGAAAAUCAAACGAUAAAACCACGUGUCCGUCCCACCCUCUCCUGCUACUUCCGGAAGUUUGGUGUUUGGUUGUGCUUUUUUUGUGCGCGGGCAGCAGAACAGUUCCGCCGCAGCAUUAGAGUUUGAUUAGUGACGCGGAACGUUUAGCACAACCCGGUAGCAACAGCAACAUGGACACGGGAGAUAGAGGUUUUGAUGCAGCGCUGGUCGGUCACAUGGGCCCGCUGUCACCGCCCGAUCUGAAGCCCGACCUGAAGCCGGACAUUUCGCUGCUGAACGGAAGUGGCGGUGGACCGUUCUCGCCCGGCAACAACUGUGGCCCGGGCAGCCCGGGCAGUGGCGGCUUCAACUCGGUCGUCCUACAGCAACAGAAUGCGCUCGUUGUUGGUGGGGCACUCGGAAACGGAACGGGACAGCAGAAUCUGCUCGUUGGAGGUGGUUCCCAGCAGCAACAGCAGCAGCAGCAGCAGCAGCAGCAGCAGCAGGGAAGCAAUGGAGGUGGUGGCAGUGGACCGAACACUCCCUCCAACAUCACGCAGCAGUACCCGCCCAACCAUCCGCUCAGCGGCUCGAAGCAUCUCUGCUCGAUCUGUGGCGAUCGGGCCAGCGGCAAACAUUACGGUGUCUACAGCUGCGAGGGAUGCAAAGGAUUCUUCAAGCGAACGGUACGCAAGGACCUGUCGUACGCGUGCCGGGAGGAUAAAAACUGUACGAUAGACAAACGCCAAAGAAACCGCUGCCAGUACUGCCGGUACCAGAAAUGUUUGGCCUGCGGCAUGAAGCGCGAAGCGGUCCAGGAGGAGCGGCAGCGUAGCUCUAAAUUUUCGAUGAAGUCCGAAGAAAUCAACUCGACCAGUUCGGUGCGGGACGUUGUGGUUGAUCGGUUCCUCGAGGCUGAGCAGAUCGGUGAACAGAAGAGUGGCGACAAUGCCAUACCAUACCUGCGCGUUGGCCAGAAUUCUAUGAUUCCAUCAGAGUACAAGGGCGCCGUAUCGCAUUUAUGUCAGAUGGUGAACAAGCAGAUCUACCAGCUAAUCGAGUUUGCCCGACGGCUGCCAAACUUUUCGAAUCUGCCACGCGAGGACCAGGUGAUGUUGCUGCGCAGCGGCUGGAACGAGAUGCUGAUUGCGUCCGUCGCCUGGCGAAGUAUGGAGUAUAUUGAAACGGAACGGCCACCGGACGGCAGAAACGAUGGCCGUGUCACUAUCCGGCAGCCGCAGCUGAUGUGCUUGGGACCGAACUUUACGCUGCACCGGAACAGUGCCCAGCAGGCCGGCGUCGACUCGCUGUUCGAUCGCAUCCUGUGCGAGCUGGCGAUCAAAAUGAAAAGACUGGACGUGAACCGGGCCGAGCUGGGCAUACUGAAGGCUAUCAUACUGUUCAACUCCGAUAUACGGGGCCUAAAGUGUCGGAAGGAGAUCGACCAGAUGCGGGAGAAAAUUUACGCCUGCCUGGACGAGUACUGCAAAACGCAACACCCGUCGGAGGAUGGCCGGUUCGCGCAGCUGCUGCUACGGUUGCCCGCCCUCCGCUCGAUCAGCCUCAAGUGCAUCGAUCAUCUGAACUUCCUGCGAUUACUCGGCGACAAGCAGCUCGAUAACUUCAUCAUCGAGAUGCUGGACACGCCGUUGUAGGCGGAACUGCGUAUGUCUCCCGAUCGGCACAGCUCGCCGCCGGACGCGUUCGCCCGAGACGCGCGAGAUGGUGAUGGGGAGCCAGGGACCGUGCUCCUGCUGUCGACCCUGGUGCAGAUGCUGCUGAGAGAGACGGGACUGUUUCUUCUGCUGCUGACGCUGGCAUUUCUCAAAGUGUUACUUUCGCGGGCGUAAAAACAAAACUCGUCCGCGCGUGGUGGCUGGCACUAAGCGAGCGAACGAGCGGCAGAACAGACAGGCGUUAUGCGUUAUGAAUUAUUUUCAUAACCGUUUGUCUGCUUAGCGGGCAACAACACACAUUUUACACACUUGUUUUUUUAUGUUAGCAAAUUAAUUGCCACGCACCUUUCCCUUCGUUGGGAAAUACUAGAUUCCGGGCGUAACUGUAAUGAUCGUGUACCUUUUGUUUUGUAUGAAAAUUACACCGUUGGGGAUGGGCACCAGAAGUGAAACGAUGAUAAUGGAACAGUAAUGAACUUUCGAUGCAAAAAUCAAAAAAACACACAGAAACAUAAGAAAGUAUAGUAAUACGUUUAAAACAUGCUAUCGUCAUCCCUCCCAUAGUAAAAAAAUGCACGAUAGUGAAGCGAUAGCAAGGGCAAGGAUCAUCCAAUCGGUCGGCGACCCAAAAGUAAUUGCGUGCGAGGCGAGUGUGAGCAAUACACAAGCGCACUUGCCCCAGACACAUGUAAAGUGUGCAACAAGACGUGAAACUGGAAGAAACAUGCUAAACGAACAACACACAUUACAAAACAAUAUGGUGCAAAUAGAUUUUAUCAACACUCAACACUUAAUCCCUUUUACAAAGUAAGUCUACAUAGCUGUAAAGUGAUAGGGAAUGGGGAACAUUUACGAGACGGAUAGAGUGAGAGUGAGAGAACCAUCACAGACAGACGUUUGUAUGGGUUAAGCAAGGGAAAUUAAUAUAAACUCUCAUUUUCUGCUGCUCUGGCCACACUUUUAAGCCAGGAGGUAAUGGAAAGUAAACGAAAUGGAGUAGUGUGACAGCAUAAAAAAUAGACUUUUGUUCGCCUAGGGUAAGGGAUGCAAAUUAUUAUAACCAUCCGAUAAAUGCAUUGCACGAUUAAAAAAAAACCCGUACUGAUAGAAGGAAACCGAUUCUCUGGUUUAGAUCGUUGUUUAGCUACACUGAUGUAUGUUUAAAUGCUGCUUGCAAAAUCAUCUCUCUACUAUGCCGCAUUUCAUUACACUCUCGUUUUGUAGUGUUCACUCUCUAGUGGCUAUCUCACUAGAUCUCAUGACACGAUGCUAGGGGCAAGAUGUGGAAAAUAUACUUAACCAUGCAUAAGAUGAAUAUGCAUUUCUCCUACAGAGGUUUUGCUUUGCUCUUUCUUUUCUUGUUUUCUUUAGUUUGUUAGCACUGUAAAGGCAGGCCGGCGGGGAUGUUAUGGGUCGGGGAAAGCGGCCGAACACACUUGCCCUUGAGUGAUGUGUCCCGUCGUAACUCAUGAUGCAUCUGUUUGUUGUGUAUUUAUAUAAGUAUUGCUCUGCCUGUGCAAAUCCCUUUUAAUCACAGCGACCAGUAAGAAAGUGAACUGCCUGUGCUCGCUAUUGCCACGAGAGGCAGACCACAGCGAUGAACAAGCAAUUGCACACAUUACACAAUUCUAGAAACAACCACAGUACAUAAAUGAUGGGAAGAAAUGACACAAGCUGCUGAACGUGAAAGAGAUCUAUUUAUUAAUGUUUAAAUGCGCUGAUAUGAACAGCCACUGUUGUAAUAAUCCUUCCUUUGGCAGUAAAGUAACGUUUGCUUCCUUCUGUCCCAUGGUCCCUUUCACUUUACGCGCACAGUUUCACAUCCCCAUGAAAGGCCCCAUGCAUACAUAUAUACCUGCAAAACGCGGAGCUUGAGUGAUUGUCCUGUAGUGAGAUAAGAAGUAGUGUUUCUUUCCUACCUGUAGUUUUUAAUUAGCAAACACCCAUGUGCAAAUGCAACACGUUCUGUAAAUCGAACACUACGGAAAAGGGAUCAGCCACAGCAUAAUAACGGUCAGGAAUGGGAUAAAGGCAGUUUACUACAGGUUUUGUUGCUGAAUGAUGUAGAAAGAUGAUGGGAAUGGUUAUAGAAACUACAAGAUGGUAACGAUGCAGGGAAAAUGAUAUAAUGUUUGUUUGUUAGGUUGUUGUUUUGCAAGAAGAAAAAAGAAAGAAAAGAAAAUAUAUACGCAACAACCAAUAAUGGUGUGGGAUUAAGUGCAAGAAAAAAAAACAUGGUAAAGUUCGCAUUAGGCGAAAUUAAUUACCACCUUUUAGAAUGUGUGUGUUCCUCAGGAAAGAGCAGCAAAAUUGCUAAUCGAAUGUGAAAGAUAGCAGAAAAGUGAAACGACAGUGAAAAGAACAGGGUAACUAUAUUGUGUAGGAGAGUAGGGAAACGGAAAUGGCAAAAGUGCGAACAGUGCAGAAGUGUACGGCAGAUAGAUGAAACUAAUUUAUAUAUUUGUAAGCAUUUCUCAACUGUAAUAAAAGAAGACACAUAAAACACGACAAAAUCAAAAAUGUAAGAAUUGUAGAGCAAAAAAAAGGAAACGAUGAACAAACCAUUAAGCACGAGCACCACCCCCAUACCUUGCACUGAACCAUGGGUUCCGCAAGAGCAAGAGAUCGGAACAGUCACGUUUGAAGGGUGGAAGCAUCAUCGCGGGGGAGAGAUUGGUAUUAGUGAAGAAGGUAUGAUCGUAGGCACACUGUGGCACGAAUUCGGUACCUAAUACUAUGCAAAUGUUUAAAAGAAAAUAAAAGCUCACAUGGUACUCGAAAAGCGGACGGCGUGUCUCAAAAGGAAGUGAAUAAAUAAAGUAAAUUUAUUUGAAGUAAAAAAAA